GGAGGGGCAGUAGCGGUUGGUGUUCUCCGCCAGGGGGCGAUGUGGAUCCAGCCGGAGGAGGUGCUCCUGGUGGGGGCGCUCUGGGUCUGGGAGCGGGCCAACCCGUUCUUCAUUCUGCAGAGGAGGAGGGGGCACGGCCGUGGGGGGGGGCUGUCCGGUCUCCUGGUUGGGACUCUGGAUGUGGUUUUGGACUCCAGUGCUCGAGUAGCUCCGUAUAGGAUCCUGUUACAGACGUCAGAUUCUCAGAUCUACUGGAACAUUGCCUGUGGCUCGUCCAGGAAGGAGAUCACAGAGCACUGGGAUUGGCUGGAGUCCAACCUACUGCAGACCAUCUCCAUCUUUGACAAUGAUGAAGACGUCACCACCUUUGUCAAAGGGAAGAUCUCUGGCAUCAUUGCUGAGGAAAACCGGCUGAAGCCGGGAGUGGAGCAGGAGGAGGAUUGUGGGAAGUUUCGGGAGGCAGAGGUGAAGAUGAGGAGGUUGUUCGGAAUGCCUGAUGAAGAGAAGCUGGUGAAUUAUUACUCCUGCAGCUACUGGAAAGGAAGAGUCCCGCGACAGGGCUGGUUGUACCUGUCCAUCAACCACCUGUGCUUCUACUCCUUCCUGUUGGGCAAGGAGGUGUCCCUGGUGGUGCCGUGGACAGAGGUGACCCAACUGGAGAAGAAUGCCACCUUGUUGUUCCCAGAGAGCGUUUGUGUCAGCACUCGUCACACUGAACAUUUCUUCUCCAUGUUCCUCAACAUCAACGACACCUUCAAGCUGAUGGAGCAGCUCGCUAACAUCGCCAUGCGUCAGCUGCUUGACAACGAGGCGUUUGCUGCCGACUGUUUGCUGCCCAAACCCUGCAAGUCACUGAAGAAUGUGUCUGCGCUGAAGAGGGAUCUGGAUGCACGGGCGAAGAAUGAGCAUUAUCGUGCAAUGUUUCGUCUGAUGCAGGAUGAGCGUCUGGAUGGACACACGGACUGUACGCUGUGGACGCCAUUCGCCAAGAUGCACGUGGUCGGACAAUUGUUUAUUUCCAACAACUACAUCUGUUUCAACAGCAGAGAAGAAGAUCUGUGUCAGCUGAUCAUUCCACUCAGAGAGGUGUCCAUUGUGGAGAAGGCGGACAGCAGCAGUGUCUUGCCAUGCCCUGUCUCAAUCAGCACCAAGAACAAAAUGAACUUCCUGUUUGCCAACCUCAAAGACAGAGACUUCCUGGUCCAACGCAUCUCUGACUUCCUGCAGCGAACACCUGACAGUGCUUGGGGCAACAUCAACCCACUGUCUCUGAUUGGUCACUCAGUGUCUUCCAGUGUCCCUUCCUCCUCAUCAGGAGGAUCUCAGUCUGCCCACAGGGGGCGCCAUUACCACCCCGGUCUGCCCACAGCCAGUCAGGGUCUGCUGCAGCUCUACUACCAAGGCACUCCAGAGGACCUAGGUCCAAAAGCGAUGAAGGAGAAGAUGAAGGAGGAGUCAUGGAACAUCCAUUUCUCAGAGUUUGGUCGAGGAGUUUGUAUGUAUAGAACAUCAAGAACCAGAGAACUGGUUCUCAACGGGAUCCCAGAAUGUCUGAGAGGAGAGCUGUGGUUACUUUUCUCUGGGGCACAGAACGAGAUGGUGACCCACCCUGGUUACUAUGGCGACCUGGUGGAGCAGGCCAUGGGGCUGUGUUCAUUGGCGACAGAGGAAAUCGAGCGUGACCUCCAUCGAUCAAUGCCUGAACACAGAGCGUUCCAGAACGAGAUGGGCAUCACCGCGCUGCGCCGCGUCCUCACCGCCUAUGCCCAUCGCAACCCCUGCAUCGGAUACUGUCAGGCCAUGAACAUCGUAACCUCUGUCCUGCUUCUCUACUGUACGGAGGAAGAAGCCUUCUGGCUGUUGGUGGCGCUGUGUGAGCGAAUGCUGCCUGACUACUACAACACCAGGGUUGUAGGAGCUCUGGUGGAUCAGGGUGUGUUUGAGGAGCUCACCCGGGCGUUCCUCCCCCUGCUGUACGAACACAUGCAGGACCUGGGCGUCAUCUCCACCAUCAGCCUGUCAUGGUUCCUCACCCUCUUCCUGUCUGUGAUGCCGUUCGACAGUGCUGUCCUAUUGGUCGACUGCUUCUUCUACGAGGGCAUCAAGGUCAUCUUCCAGGUGGCGCUGACUGUACUCCAUGACAACAUGGACGCCCUGCUGUUCUGCAGUGACGAGGGAGAAGCAAUGACCAUCCUGGGCAGAUACCUGGAUAAUGUUGUGAAUAAACAGACAGUGGCUCCGCCCAUCCCUCACCUGCAUGCCCUGCUGACGAGCGGAGACGUCCCCCCACCUAAAAUCGACAUCUUCGACCUCAUCAAGUCGUCUUAUGAGAAGUUUGGUAGCUUGCGCUCUGACGUCAUCGAGCAGAUGAGGUUUAAACAGAGGUUAAAGGUCAUCCAAUCACUAGAGGACACGGCCAAGAGGAGUGUGGUGAGGGCGAUGAUGACGGAGUCAGCGUUCAGUAUCGACGAGCUUGAGGACCUCUUCUGUCUCUUUAAGUCCAAACACAUGACGAGUUGUUACUGGGGCUCCAGCAGUUCUGCGGCCGAGCGUCAUGACCCCAGUCUUCCGUACCUGGAGCAGUAUCGUAUCGACCUGGCUCAGUUCACUCAGCUGUUCUCUGCACUCACCCCCUGGGUCUGUGGAGACCACACCCCCUCUCUGUCAGCCCGCCUCUUCAGACUCCUGGACCAGAACCGGGACGGACUGGUCAACUUCAAAGAGUUCGUCACUGGACUCAGUGGGAUGUCUCAUGGAGACAUGAUGGAAAAACUUAAACUGUUGUACAAGCUCCAUCUCCCACCAGCUCUGUGUCCUGAGGAGGCAGAAUCUGCUCUGGAGGCGACACACUUCUUUACAGACGAUAAACAACAAGGUGAAAACUCAUCAAAAUAUAUAAUACAUUUUGGCUGGUCAGAGCAGUUCAUUGAGUUGUGUAAGACUCUGUACAACAUGUUCAGUGAGGAGCCUCUGGAGCAGCAGCUUUAUCACUCCAUCGCCACUGUGGCGAGUCUCCUGCUGCGCAUCGGCGAGGUCGGCAAGAAAUUCAACAAUGGAACCAAGAAGAUUGAGACUGCUGCUGCACAGGCCCCGCCCUCUUCCCAGAGGGAGGAGGGGCCUGGUGAGGGGGGGUCAGGUGAUCCCCAGUUGUGCCAGGCACUAGCCAACGCCCACUUGGAGCCGCAACCUCUGCACAUGUCCGACAAGGAAGCCAAAGAUGACAUGUCGCUGUCGUCAUACUCGGUGAUGAGUUCCAGCUCGCUGCAGUGCAAGGACAUCGCCGAUGACACUGUGCUGAUUGGUGGAGAGCAGCGGCAGGGCGACGUCUUGGAUGUUGAUUGGUCAAUCACCUUUGAGCAGGUACUCGCAUCACUGCUGACAGAGCCUCCACUUGUUGACUACUUUGAGAGGAAGGUGGACAUCCAGAGCAAGAUCGUCACCUGUAAGACUCAGCGGGUAGUGGAGCGCCAGAUUAGCUCCAUCUCCGACCCUGAUGUUACCCAGCAAUCUGUCUGACUAUUUAGUUGAUCCUGUAUAAAGUCUCAGCUCUAACAGACAGGGGAACAGGAAGCUGAAGUUUUUAAUGUCCAAACAUCUCAUCAAUUAAUAAAAAAGUAGAGCUGAAAACAAGCACAGGGGUUGAUGUCAGAAACAGGAAGUUUAAGAAAAUGCAGUGAUGAAUAAUAAAGGUCACUUUAUUUAUAGGAAAUAAAAUUGGUGUUGAAUGUUUUUUAUUAAUAGUUUAUUAAUUAAUCAUCAGAUCAAUAAAGUCACAUAUCGUUCACCAGGUGAAUUCACACCAGCAGGCUUUUAUUUUGAUGUCUGCCUGUGUGUGAUGACAUCAUUCCUGUUGACUGAUAAAUGGUAAAUGGUCUGUAUGUAUAUAGCGCUACUGAACUGUAAAGCACUUUUCUAGUCUUGAUGACACUCAAAGUUCUUUACAGUACAGUACUUUACAGUUUGCCAUUCACCCAUUCACACACAUAUUCAUACAGUGCAUCUAUGGGCAGUACUGAUGGUGUCAGAGGAUGUUUUUUAAAUCAAUCAUAUUGAUCUAUAUUGUUCUAAUAAACACUACUGCUUUUUUGGUGUUGUGUUGAUUUAAAAAGUUUGUUUUUUUACACUUUCAACAAAUAUUAAAGUCUUCAGAUUAAUGUUUAUCGUAUGAAAACAAAGUAAAAUCACUUUGUUUAUUUUUCUGUAUUUUUUACAAAGGUAUUCAUGAAUAUGUCAAAUUAUUGAUCAUUAAAAACGAAUAACCUAGGAUCCAUAAGCGACUGGACUGAAUUACUGAUUAUGAAUAAAGUUUCCAAUAAAUAAAACAAUAUUAAUUUAAAUGAAGCAGCUGCUAAAUUAACAGUUGCAAUUUAUAGACUGAAUCUCUCUAGCGCCUCCUACAGGACAGUGUUUGAAGCAGCAAAGACUCCAGUUGGUCGUUUAUUUUCUUCAUGACCGAAAAAGAUCGACGUCACAAUGUUCCAGAGAGAAGAGGUCAUUUUAUUAACAAUUAAUGAAUUAUUCCUUUUACAAUCUGAACUCUGUGAUGACAGAACUCAAAUGUUUGGUUCAAUUAAAGAAACAAAUUGUUUUCAUUUGUUAAUUUUCCAAUUUGUGUCAGAAAAGAGACAAAAAUAUUCCUUCUUCUCUGUUCUGAUUUUGAUUCAGAAGGAAAUAAACAUUUCUUUAACAGCGAUAGUUUGUUCUAUGGAGGAUCUGGAAGUCAACAUGUUUCUAUAUAUUAAUUAUAUCAUAUCCGUCAGUG